AUGGACCUGCUGCACGAUGGCUGCAGCGAGGCUGCCCUCACGCACGUACACGACCCGCUCGCCUCGCCUGAACCUGGGCUGUGCCACCCGACAAGCGCUGCCGCUGAUCGGCCGUGGAGGAUCUCCGCCUCCGUCUCUGGCGCGGCGCAGCACGGCGGCGGGAAUGGCGGCGCCGCCGCUCUGCACGGCGGCGGCGGCCCGGACCGGGAGCGGGAGCGAGAGGCUGCACGGAUCCUCAACCCAGCAGCAACGGCGUACGAAGUGCUGGGUGUUCCGCCGAAUGCGACCCAUGAGCAGAUAGCGGCCCAGCACAGAGAGCUGCAGAAACGCGCUGGCAUCCGGACGAACACAGAAACAGCCACGAGCGGGCAACGCAGAUCUUUCUAUCAGAAGAUCGAGCAGGCCUGGGACACGCUCCAGGAGCCAUCUCGCCGCGCUAAAUACGAUCAGGCUGCGCCGUCAGGCUGUGAGCCAGGACGCAUUCGCUGGUGA